AUGGACGGGCCAGUGAGAGGAAACGGCAAUGGAAAGGACAAGUCGAAUGGUGGACGGCUUAACGACGGGGCUGAAAGUUUCGUCGUAAUCGAUGCCAUGUUCUUGGCUAAAACCGCGAACAACCCAACGCGCUUUGUAGCGAGCGAGAGUACCAUCGGAGUUGUAUUUGUGGCGAUAUACCCAUUUGCCGCUAACGAUAUUGGCACCGGGAGGAGAUGGAACGAGACGCCAUGUAUCGUUGAGGAGAAGGGCAUCGAACUCUUCACGCAUAGCGCGAGCCCAAUGAGGAUCCUGGAGAGCAGAGCGCCCCGCAAAAAGCCCAAGCUUUCCCCUCCGAAUCCUGCCCCUACCACGGCCCCCUUCGCGCCAAUCCCCCACCCCGUCCUCCUCGCCGGCACCCUCUCCCUCCCUCCCGCCUCCUGCUCCGACGGCUGCCGCAACCACUGCCUAUCCCUGGCCGACCCAUCGACCGCCGUCUCGGUCUGCUGCUACCUCCUCGACUUCGACCCCGCCGCCAUCGGCCGCGAGAUCCUCAUCCUUGCCUGGAACUACCUCCCAUCCAUCCGCCACAACGAAGCCGGCGUGCUGGAGGUGGUCCGGUGGCGCCUGGCCGAGGUGUCCGGCCCGGCCCCCGGCCCGAGCUUCCUAACGUCGAUUCUGCUUAACUGCGUGGAUGCGGAGCCUGAUCCGGCCACCCGCGGCCGCGCUUUCGGGGUGGUGACGUCGGUGAGCGUGGUGUUCAGCGUGCCGCAUACUGCACAGAAGAGUAAGGCCGGCGACCUGGUCGGGUUCAUAGCAGAGAUGAUGUGCUGUGGGUGCCGCCAGUGCAAGGCAUCGCAGCCGGAAUCCGGGCAGGAUCACAAGUUUGAGGUGGAGAAGUUUGUCUACUUUGUGGAUUUGACGAGCAGGUGGCGGCCCGUGCUGGCGAGGCUGAUUGGGAGGCCGGUCUCUGUCACGGGGCUAAGGAAGAAAAUGGUUUCUGUUGGGAAGAAGGGCUCGUACACCAUGCUGGUGUCAUCUGCAAACACCAUGGUGGCAUGGUGCCCAUCCUAUGCAGGCGUUCCACAGUCGGAUGAGUUGCCAGGGAAGUGCGCUGGAGUGUACUGUGGGAUUGUCUCUGGAAUUUACAUGCAUGGCAUGUUGGUCGAGCUGGAUGGGAUCGCGUGGCUGCUAAUUGAUGAUAAGCAGCUUGUGCCGCCGCAUUCUCUUCGGAUCGGUGCUGUUAUUUCUGUGAAGAAACUCCGGUUGGUUCGUCUAAAAUUUGCUUGGACGACAGUUGUUCUACUUGGAACAUGCAGUAAAACUAGCAUCACUAUAAAUUCUUUCUCCCUGAUGGACUCCAAAUUUCAUAUGAGGGCAGAGAACAAGGGUCUGUCGGGGAAGUACCUUAACUCUUUGGAUCUGUCUGCUAGAUUUUGGACAUUACUUUUGACAUCAUGCUUUAAGCAGAAAUUCAAGUUAGGCUACGAGAAAGAGAUUUGGGGCUCAAAAAAUAAGCAAGGAUUGGCUCACAUCUAUGCUGCUAAAGUUCUCUCUUCAAGGGGAUUUGAACCUCAGCAUGAUGUCCUUGUGAAAUUCUGCAAUCAUAAUUGUGACAUUAAAAGCUCAGGAUCAAACUUGGAAGCCUGUAAAUUGGUAAUAGUAAUACCCUUUGCUAAUUUCAUCUGCAAGUGUGAAUCAUUGUGGAUAUCAAUAAUGCUCAAAUGUUGGAACGGUAUGGAAAAAGUGGGUAACAACCAGGGACUUAACCAGUUUCUAUGUGAUGGGCUUCCUUAUCCUGGUACCACCAAAAGGAUAAUUUCAACUGCGGAUCUGGGCUUUGUAUUAGUGGGUAGCAUGAAGAUAUCUUCACUGCCAAGGAGGCUCCAGUUGGUUGAUGACACAGGAUGCAUAGAUAUUGUUGUACCUGAUCUUCCGCCAAAUGUUUGCUUAGAUGGCAUCUAUGAGAUAAAUGAUUGCAAACUAGCCCUUGAAGGUCCAGUGGCUUACCUAGAUCAUUAUGGUGUUUCUGAUCCACUAUCCUGCAAGGCUGUGUUUCAGAACCUCUCAUUCCGAAAAAAAUUGCAUCAUCUCAAGAUCUUUGUUAUAGUCAACUGGAGUGAAUUGAGUCGCAUUGGCCCUUCCUCAGAAAUUUCUUCGCAAACUAAUAAUCGUGGCAGGCUGUUUCACCUGCUGAAAUUGUCGCACAUUUUUCCAGCAAUCAAUAACUAACGAUGUUCCCAUUUUGCAAUUUUCCUCUUGCAGCAUCAGGACACUCAAGGUCCUAGCAUGUAUGCUGAGGCUAUGAUACUGCCGUACAAUUUGAAGUUUACUGGGCAAGAUGAUUGCAUUGAGCAUGCUGAGAGCUUUAGAAUGUCCAGCACUCGUUCACUUUGUGAUUCCAAAGUGCCUAUGGAGAAACCAUGUUAUAUUCCAUGUUCCCUAAGCUUCAGAACCACCAGUCUAUCUGGCACUCUAGUGUCUAGCUAUUCCUGUGGAUCUGAUGGUACUAUUCUAAUUGAUACUAGUUGUGAAGAACAAGGUUGCCCAUCAAGGAUUUUAUUGGAGUUCAAGGAGGGGCGUUUACUGGAGUAUCAGUUACUGCGGAUUGGUGGCUACUAUCUGCUCGAAUGUCCUAGUGAUAGUUCAAGUUUUGCCAUAAAAGGCUGUGGAUGUUUUCAAUGCGGCAAAAUUUCAUUAGAUUCUCAAGAUAAACUUUGGAGCCUUGCCAUUUCCUUCAACGGAAAUGGAAACAUUAAGCAGGGUAUUGUAGAUCAGUAUACUGGGGAGGUGGAUCAACCAUUUUCCAGAAAUACCUUCCAUAAUGAGAUAAGAUUAGUACAAUCUUGGAAUAACUUCCAUCAGCAUUUGGAUUUUCUAUUGAAGUUUUAUUGUGAAGCAGUGAGCGGAGAGAUGGAAGAAUAUAAUGCCUUGUGUUCUGUAUUAAAUGGAUUGUGCUCUUACUCAAUUGAAGUGAUUACUGUCUCUUCAUGCACUGAUAUUAUGAUGCGUGAAAAGCCUUUUGGUUCUUCUAACUUGCAAAGUGAAAAACUUGUCCAAGGAGAUUUAAUAUCAUUACACGGGAAAGUAGAAAAUAUCCAUUCACAUGACUGUAAGGAUCGGCGACUUACACCUGGUAAUGAGGUGCACAACAUAUGUAUCCAUCUUGCUGAUGAUAAUCAAACGGUGCGGCUCCGUGGAUACUUAAGCAAACAUUGUUAUCCUGUUGGCAUAGGACGAGGGGCAUCAGUGACAUUCCACCGCGUCCUCUUGACACGACAUGAACUGUUGUUAACCCCAGUAACAUAUAUUCAAGUUACAUCCAUCAGUCACACUGAACUGAAUAGAGAACGUGCUACUUCUCCACUCAUGCCUGGUGGCUUAAAGGACAGUUCACUGAGCACAGUUUUGCCGUGUCCGAUCUUACGCGAGAAGCAUUUUAAAGACAGUAGGCCCAUGCAGUUUCAGUGCAGGGUAGUUACCAUCCAUUUGUUGGUGUUGGACAGUUGUUUACAUGACUUGCAAACUUCAGAAGCAGCUAACAAGAGUAAAAUACUAGCAGUACAAGUUCCAGUAGCUGGGUUUAUUGUUGAUAAUGGAACAUCUUUAUGCUGUUGUUGGGCUGAUGAUGCAAGGGCUGAACUUUUGCUCAGGCUCCAGGAAAUCGCUGCCUUAGAUGCUUCUGCUGGUUUGAAGUUUUCAAAAGAUAGAAAGAAGGCAAACUUACAACAGACUUUUGGUUCUUGCCUACUAAAAAUGCUGAAGAAGCACAAAAAUGUCAUUGUAAAAAACUAUGGAAUUCCUCCGGACACCUCAUGCCGAGACUUGGAACUAUCUUCUGGUAUUGGUCACGUCUUAAAUAGCCUGGAACAGAAACUGCUGAAAUUUAUCAUCCUCAACGCUUGUUGCAAGGGAACUCUGAAUGUUAUCGCAUCAGCUCUCGAUCCAAACGCAAUAAAUGCAUCAAAUGUAGGGUUUCCUGAUGUAUAUCCAGUACAGAACAUGCAGAAUUUUUGGAUUAAUGAAUCAUUUCAAGUGGAUCCUUUGGAAGAGGCCAGAAGAUUGCUUACCACUUUGAAGAACAGUUGAUGUUAUUUUGACCAGUGAACUGUGAGGUAUUCAGAUCCCUGAUCAAGAAACAAAUGGAAAAUUCCUUUUUAUAAUUGUGAAGAAUGCAAGAGGGGCGGGUAGUUCAUCGUUGGGUCAAUACCCAGUCUGACCCCCGAUAUUUUAGUCAUCAGGGUGGCGGCGGCUUCCAGUUUGGUGAACACAUUGAGUUGCAAGUAUGUAGCGAGAACCAUGUGGUCCUGCAGGGAAUAAAUGAUUCUUUUUGGUAGGAGGGGGUGGUAUUUGACUACGUUAACAAAUGGACGGGUGAGUAAAGCUGAUUCCAUUCUUUUUUUUGAGGGAAAAGCUGAUUC